AGGGUCAUUGGAGCAACAUCGGCACUGGUCCAAAUCAGAUGGGUGACAAUUUGCCUGCCGUCAAUCUCGGGACUGGCCGGAGUGCCAAGCAUCUCGCUUGUGGAGCGCAUUAUACAUGCGUAUUGCUCGAUGAUGAUUCCACCAAGUGCUGGGGGAACAAUUAUUUUGGCCAACUUGGCCACGGUCAUCAAAACACCAUCGGCUGGGAUGCAAGUCACAUGGGUGACAAUUUGCUCUCUGUCAAUCUGGGGACCGGCCGGAGUGCCAAGCACAUCGCGACUGGCCAUUCGCAUACAUGCGCGGUCCUCGAUGAUGAUUCCAUGAAAUGCUGGGGAUAUGGUUUUGAAGGCAAUCUUGGCCAGGGCCAGCCAGAUGACAUCGGCACUGCCCCGAAUCAGAUGGGUGACAACUUGCCGCCUAUUGAUUUGGGGACCGGCUUGCGUGCCAAGCAUUCUUCACCUGGAUGGGCUACUACUUGCGCAUUGCUUGAUGAUGAUUCCACAAAAUGCUGGGGAUAUGGUGGCUCUGGCAACCUUGGCCAGGGCAAUGCUUAUAAUAUGGGGGAUAGUGUGAACAGCAUGGGAGACAAUCUUCCUGCAAUUGAUUUUGGUGCUGUCGGGCUGGGCAUCCGAACUGACAUCCGAAUUGUCGAUGGUACCAAGAUGCACGGCCGCAUUCAAGUCCAAUACCAGAAUUCUUGGCGUGAUAUUUGUGAUGACAGCUGGAGCAACAACAAUGCGCAAGUUGCGUGCCGCCAGCUUGGUUUGGCAGGUGGCGUUUCGAGCUUUCAGUGGCACGGAAGCGGAGAUUUUGGAAUGGAUGAAGUUGUUUGUGGAGGCACUGAGGUUGAUUUGGGCCAGUGUUCCUUUAGAGGCUGGGGCAUCCAUGACUGCACGGCUCAGGAGGCAGCUGGUGUGGAAUGUAAUGUUGAUGCUUGGAGCAGAAUAUCGGAUCCCAAUAUUUCCGCUCGAAAAGGACACUCCGCAAUCUGGGAUUCUAUUGAGGGGUCUAUGUUGGUGUUUGCUGGACAUGCUGCGGGUUUUUUCCAGUAUUACAGUGAUCUGUGGCGAUACACACGAGAUGGUCUGUGGGAAAGACUUCAGACUGGACCUUCACCCAGAGGUGGCCACACGGCAAUCUGGGACCUUGCUUCCCGCACGAUGUUGGUGUUUGGUGGAAGCUUCUACACAACUUAUUAUGAUGAGUUAUGGCUCUACAGCGACAAGAGCAACGCAUGGACUCUUUCUUCUCCCUCUACCAAACCCAGUGCAAGAGCUUACCACUCUGCAGUGUGGGACUCUGCUGGUCAGAUGAUGUUGGUGUUUGCGGGUGAGAGUGAUCCACCAUCCAGUCGUGCUGGCCAUGCGGCAAUCUGGGAGCCUCUGACUUUAUCCAUGCUGACCUUUGGUGGCGUUCAACUGGAUGAAUCUCUCAACUAUUCAGCAGAACUCUGGAACUACAGUCUUUUGACCAACAGCUGGAGCCCCUUGGCACCUGUUGGACCAUAUCCAAGUCCUGGUCCUCGAGAAGAUCACACUGCAGUGUGGGAUCCAAGCUCGGGGUUUCUAUUUUUGCUUGGUGGUUUUGAUGGAUCCUACAAAUCUGAUUUCUGGAGAUACAAAAGCAUGGACUUCGAGCAGGUACCCGUCAAGGAGUGCGCCCUUGGGCAGGAGUGUACUUUGCAGUUCAAAGAUGAAAGCUUUGAAGAGGGCGAAAGACUUCAAGUUGUGGAUGUUUUGAAUGGUUUGAACUCACACAUCUUCAUGACAUCAGAUGGCUACAACUUCUCAUUGUCUCUCGAAAAUGCCACAGAGGGUCCUGAAGAAAGCGAUGGAGUUGACGACGGCCCUUUUUUGCUUGCUGAGCCUGGCUUGUACCAGAUUCGUCAUUGCUUUGGGGAUUCCACAUGUGAUGGCCAGUGGUUCGCACUCGGAUUGCUGCUUGUGGUCGGACCCUUCUCAGGCCAGUCGUUUGUUUGUGACAUGGGAUCACGUUGUGCGAUUACAGGCUUGCAAGGCUCCCGACUCUCAAUGACUGACCAGCUGCUUGCAUUGAAGGAAUGUGGAACAUCAAUCCAUACUUCGACCUUUGAACCAAGGCCAAUCAAUGCUUCGCAGGCGCAAACAGACUUAUUGUUUGAUUUUGGCAAUGUGGAGCUGGAAGGCUUGGCGCCGGAACAGGUGCAGCUUUGCUGGUGCCCUGAGGGCUGUAGCGACCUGCAAGAGUUUCGGGCUUUGGCAAUGCUCUUGUAUGUGGUUUGCCCUCCAGGAUGGUAUGAACUGCGCAGCAUGACCUCCAAAUGCCACAAAUGUCCUCCUGGAAGCUACUGCCCUGGUGGCAGAGCGAUGGAUUUGCAUGAAUCAGUGCUCCAUGAGUGUCCACAAGGAAGCACUUCCCCGAGCGGUUCUGCUUCCAUAGAAGCUUGUCAAUGCAGGCGUGGCUAUUUCUGGGACUUGCAGAUUGGUGCGUGUUCAUUGUGCCCUCCAUGGCAUUUUAAGAACCACACCGGUCCUGAUCUGUGCACGAGUUGUCCACAGCCAAGGGUUUCGAAAGAAGGUGCCAUUGGAUUGCCGGAGUGCUAUUGCCCUGCUGGCACAAUCGGCACGGAUUUCAGUGGUAGUUUCAACUGUGCAGACCUUUCCGUGUUAGGAGAUGCUGUCAGCACUGAUGCUUUUGCGCUGACUGAAGCAUUGAUGUACAGCUUCAUUGGUUCGGUGGCAUCAUUCAGUGGUCCAUUGGAGAUGGUCCGUCUAGAGCUUGUUGACUACCUGGGUCUCAGUCGCAGGGCAUCCUUGCUGCUGACAGACAAUGUGGAUGAAAUCAGCUACAAAAUCAUGACAUCUGAAGAAGAAGAGGCGGCAACCCUCCAUGCUAAGAUGGACCCGCCUGUUUUUGCUGCCUUCCGAUUUGCGAGUGCAACUGCAACAUUGACAAGUGACAUGCAUGUGACCAGGAGUCCUAUUGCCUCCUACAUCCUCCGUUGUCCAGAUGGCUCGGGAUUCGUGAGUAGCAGUUUGAUUCGAAACCAGUCAGAUUGCAAGUGCCUUCACGGAAUGGAGCCAAUCAGUGAAUCAGGUUUUGGAAGCAGUUGCACCAAAUGCCCUCGGGGUAAGCACAAGUCGACUGUGGGGGAUGUAAUGUGUUCGUCAUGCGGCGGGCUGACAACAUUGCUGGAAGGAGCCAUCUCUGCGGCAGCUUGCACUUGCCCAGCUGGAUUCAUCAAUGAAGCCCUUGAUGACCCCACCAACUGCCAGCCUUGCGGAAAAGGUUUUUACUGUAGUGGUGGAAAGCACAAACAAGCCUGUGGGCAAUCUUUCACAACUGUGACAGCGUCUGCAAGAGAGGCGGCAGAGUGCGUUUGUGCCCCAGGUUUUUUUCGGGUUGACUCCGUGUGUGAACCUUGCCCACAGGGCACAUUCAAAGAAGACAUUGGUGAUGCGGCUUGCCAGCCAUGCCCUGCGGGAAGAUGGAGCAAUGAAUCUGCUGCAGCGCAUCAAGAUGCCUGCAAUUUCUGCAGUGAAGGUUCUACAACUUCUGCAGAAGGAGCUCGAGAUUUGAGUUUUUGCGUCAGGCCACAGUCAGGACAGCUUGUGCAGUGUACAUCCGGCACCAUAUGCAGUGUGGAGAUCGUGGGCUUCCAGCUACAAGACGGUCACCGUCUUGCCUUGACACAGUCAAGUUGUGACACUGGCAUAGUGGCUCCAUCCAGUGUUGUUGCCCAAGGCAUUUCCAAGCCAGCAACGCAAAAUGGUAGGAGAUAUGUUUGGGGCAAUAACCCCAGUGACUUCAGCCCAGAAGGGGGCCUGUACAACUUGUGUUGGUGUGCCAGCAUGCGAGGUCUUCUUUGCGGAAGUCUCCAAGAAAAUUUCAUUUUGUCAGCAGGCCAGCUAGAAGUCACUGGGCCUUUGGCCAAUCACCAAUUCGACUGCGUUCGGGGUCAGGACUGUUCUCACCUUACCGCCUUUCAGGGACAUUUGCUGUCACUACAGAACCAAGUCGCAGUGCGCAAUGCAUGUGGUGGUCCUGAACCUCUUUCCGUGGCAUUGGCAAAUCCGAAUGGGACCGGUAGUCUUUCUACUUCAGGUGGCAAGUUUUCCCUGUCUUUUGGGGAAGUCUUGUUGGAUGCAGAUGAAUCCUAUUCAAUAUGUUGGUGCAGCCAAUCAUGCAACACCGCCUCAGAUUUUACAGUUCUGGCUGGCCAUUUGCAAGUCUUGGGCCCUUAUGCGAACCAACGGGCAGACUGCUUCCUGGGCCAGAAAUGCCGCUUGGAACAGAUCAGAGGGGUUGGCUUGAUGACAGGCGAUCAGAUUAUGCUUCGUACUGAUUGUGAGACUGGACGGAUGCUGACAGGCAGCCCCGGCGAUGGAAUCGCUUCACGCAAUGAAGCUGGAGAUUUCGAAUUUGGUGGUCACAUUUUGACCUCCACAGCUGGCAUUUUCAGUAUGUGCUUCUGCAGACCAGGAAGAUGUGACAAUUAUUUGGAUUUCAGAGCUUCCCUCGGCUUCUUCACUGCACGUGGGCCCUUCCAAGUCAAAACUGUUUGCCACCAGGGGCAACCAUGUGAUUGGGAGUUGCUCGGUAUAGGUUUGACUGUGGGAGAUCGCUUGGUGUUCAGAGACCAUAGCUGUAGCUCUUGGAGCAAUGAAGCUGAGCCUUUCCAGGUUUUCAUGGAGCUGGAAGAGCCUGUGAAAGUGAAGGAUGAUGGCAAUGGACUUCAAGUAGAUUUGGGGGUCCUACCUUUCACAGCAAAACCUGGGCCAGGAGCAUAUCAGAUUUGCUGGUGUCCUUCGGAUUUGCCUUGCACUUCAGCCGCGGAAUUUCGUGCUUCUGCUGGAGACUUGCAUAUUGGUUGCCGACCAGGAUUCUACUACGCUCAAAGUUCCAAAGUUUGCGCCAGAUGCCCCAAGAAGUUUUACUGCAGCGGGGGAGGCAACAAUGAUGCAACCAAAGUUGCUUGUGCAGUUGGGGAGACCACGCUACAGUGGAGUGCAGUUUCAAACGAUGCAUGUGUAUGUAUGCCUGGAUAUGGCUUUGUUGAUGGUCAGUGCAUAGAGUGCACAAGGGGUUCUUACAAAAGCUCCACCGGAAAUCAACAGUGCAUGCUAUGCCCAGAGAACACAACCACAUUUUCUUCAAAGGUUUCUUCCAACUAUUCAUGCGUUGCAGAAGGGAUGUUGGCUUCUGCCACUGGUGAGUCCGAGUCGAACGAGUCGCUAUCCAACGUGUUUGAGGUGCCAGUCAUCACUUUCAGUGUGUCCAUUGUGGCCAAUGGUACCUCUGAGACAGUCAGCGGAACAGUGGCCUCGGCACUGCGUAGCAUGCUGGGGACGAGUGCCAUCACAAAGGUAGAGCUUUCGAAGAGCCAGGAACCUUCGAACCGACGCUUGUCAACGGAACAGAUCCUGAUGGUCACACUCACGUACAUGACACUAGAAGAGGCCGAUGCAUCGGCUCAAGAACUAGACCUUGACAUCGCAUCAGAUGCUAUUUUGGAGGUCUUGCGUGAGGAUCCAGCGCUUGACAUUGUAAAGGUGCGGGCAUCCAACGCCUCUGUAUCCCUGCUGCCCUUGACAUGCCCAGAAAACGCUUUGGUACCACCUGGGGCAGCUGUUCUAGAUGUCGAUGAUUGUGUAUGCAAAAGUGGAUACGAAUUCAUCGAAGAUAGCAAGAGCUGCAGCGCCUGCGCAAGUGGAGAAUAUAAGACUGCCAUUGCGAACGAGAAUUGCCAGCCAUGCCCCGCAAGAAAGACUACCUGGAAGGCUGGAGCCACUUCCAUCCAAGAUUGCAUUUGCGAAGCAGGCACUUUUGAUGAAGAAGGCGAAUGCUCCGACUGCAUACCAGGCUUCUUCUGCCCGGGAAGCGGGAAACUUCAAGAGUGUCCGCCAAAUACGCAGAGUUUGGCCGGCUCUGCCAGAACAAGUGAGAGUUGUGUCUGCACUGCUGGUUAUUUUUCGAUUGGAAGCAGCUGUGAGCCAUGCAGGGCAGGAAGGUACAAGGGAAACGCUGGUAAUGAACCUUGCACCCAGCUGUGUCCAGCAAAUGCUGAAAGCGAUCUUGGUGCGACGUCUUCGGGCGAUUGUUUUUGCAUUGAAGGCCAUCAUGCAAUACUUUCCUUCAAUGGCCAAUUGGAUCGAUGUGCGAGUUGCUCUUCUUACCCAGGUUUGGUUUGCCCAGGCGGUUUUGUUUUAAACUCAAGCAAUCUGAGGGAGCAUUUGCAACCCAGAGCAGCCCGAGAGUUCUACAAGACUGGAAACACAGCUGCCACAAAGUGUCGGGUUGUGUUGCCUGACGGAUCCAACGCUUGCCUUGGAGGCAACCUAUGUGGAGAGGGAACCACUGGGAUGCUGUGUGGCGAGUGCCCCCUUGGCUGGUCCAGAUUUGCUGACUUCAUUCCUUGUGAGGCUUGCUGGGCAGGAAGCGCUGUUUGGCAGUUGGGCCUUGCAGUUUUGUUUGAGCUCACAAAGAUUGCAGUGCCUAAUUUUGUUCUGGCAGCUCUAGCCGCAAUGGAUUCAGCCAAUGCCAAUCUUCCCCUUCAUACAUACAUGAUCCGUGUGUUUACACAGUGGCUCACCGCCUGUGCCCUCAUCACCCAUUUCAAUCUGGAGUUGCUGGAGACUCCAUUCGCACAAUCUGCAGCCGUGAGAGGUGAGUGUGACAACAUACAGCUCCACGAGACAAGCAGUGCAGGAAUAGACAGCAGGAAUUUCACUGACAUCGUUGCCAGGGUGCGGCUGGCGUGGCCACCCGAAGUGAACCGCGCUAUGGUUGUACUGUUUGACAUAGCAGCUGUAGUGCCCACACUUGCAUCGGUUAAAUUCUCAGCCCAAUGCCUAGCCUUCGAACUCUUUCCAGCUCGCCCAGAUGCACAGAGACUUGCACCGGCGCUAUAUUACAUCUCUUUGCCAGUCCUGACAAUCUGUGCUACGCUCGCAGUUUGUGCAGUGGCUGUGUAUGCCGUAGUUCCCCUUGCAAGGCGUAUUGGGGUUCAUUUCAACAAGGUGGCGAGGGACAAGCAGAAGAAGAGGAAGCUGAUUGAAGGGCUUUUGGGCGCUUGGGUCCGAAGUUUGCCACUGUCUGAAAUUCCACUUGACCUGCCAAGAUUUCGCGAUUUGAAUACUUUCAUCGCCAUUGUGGACUCUCAUGAGGGCUUUGCAAGGGAACUCUGUCGGAUCAAAUGCACUACCGAUCUUCGGCUCGAUUCUCUUCUUGUAGAUGCAGAAAUCUCGCUCGAAACCUUCCAGUCUGUCCCGCAACACCUACUGUUUGCACAAGUUUCCAGAGAAGAGCUCAAGACCGCGAUCAAGGAACGGCGGGUUCCUCAAGAAUGUCUCCUUCGGAUGGUUCAAUGUGCCAGCACUUGUGCCAGCACUUGUGGAAGACAAGGCAUUUCUACGGAUUCCAGGGAAGAAGACUCGGAAGUCGACCCUAAUUCUGCCACUGAACGUCGAACAGAACUGCGUCAACUUGCUUCUCAACAUCACGGCGGUGACUUUGCUCUUCCAGAUGUGGGCAAUGCUGGCCUCCCAGGUGUAGAUGUUGACUCAUUGGACUUUGGCCUGUUCAGUCCCGAGCCAAGCCUGAAGACUUUGUUGAAGCAGAGUUUGCCUGUUGUAUGGCCAACUUUGAUCGCAGUAUGGCCCCAAUUGCUUUCGCGGUUCCUAUCUUUGAUGUGGUGCACAACAAUUCAGGAAGAUGGAUGUGUGCGCCAACGGCUUGUGCCAAAUCCAGAUGUUGUAUGCCUCAGCGAUGAUCACCUGCCUUCCUUUCUCAUUGCCGUCAUUGGCCUGAGCGUUUGGUGCGUAGGGAUUCCAGGUCUGUUGUUUUGCAUCAUCUAUCGGUUGGGCAGAGCACGACAAGAGCUAGAGAGCCGUCGGAAGUAUGGUCUCUUUAUUCGAGGCCUAGAGCCCUGGAUGUGGUGGUGA